CUGGCGAGGGCGCGCCACCACCACCCUCCGCCCCCCGCGCUGAAUUCCCUCCACCCACCACACCCAACUCCGACCGACCGACCGAUCUGCAGACGUAAUUCGGAUAACCUAACCUUAAAGAACAGCAUACACGUCACCGUCACUUCGUAAACAGCCGGCCGAUCGAUCAUGGCUUCCUCCCUUAGCCGCUCCGCCUCCCACGGCUCCCCCGCCGCCGCCUCGCCGACGCCCACGCCGAGCUUGCUGCGCCGCUUCAGCCCCGACUUCUGCGCCCUCGCUGCCCUCCGGCCGAUCAGGCCGGCCGCCUCCAGCGCCAAAUCCCCAAGAGACGCCACGACCUCCACUGAGCAGGAGCAGCAGCUCGCCGCCCCGUGCCGUGGCGCCUGCGAGGAGCCGCCGCCGUCGCCGUCAGCAUCCUCGACGAUGGAUGCGCCGGAUUCCGCGGCGCUGCGCGUGGGGAUCAUCGGGUUCGGCAACUUCGGGCAGUUCAUCGCCGGGGGCAUCCAGCGGCAGGGCCAUGCCGUGCUGGCCACCUCCAGAUCCGACUACUCCGACUACUGCGCCGCCCACGGGAUUCGCUUCUUCAGAAGCCUGGAGGCGCUGUGCGAGGAGCAGCCGGACGUGCUGCUGGUUUGCAGCUCCAUCCUCUCCACCGAGUCCGUCGUCCGCGCCAUCCCCCUCGCCAAACUCCGCCCCGACACCAUCGUCGCCGACGUGCUCUCUGUAAAGCAGUUCCCCCGCAACCUCCUCCUCGAGAUCCUACCGCCGGAGUUCGGCAUCGUCUGCACACACCCCAUGUUCGGGCCGGAGAGCGGAAAGCACGGCUGGAGCAAUCUCCCCUUCGUCUACGACAAGGUUCGCGUCGCGGAGGAAGGCGCUCAGAAGGCCAAGUGCGACCGGUUCUUGAGCAUCUUCGAGCAGGAGGGGUGUCGGAUGGUGGAGAUGUCGUGCGCGGAGCACGACCGCCACGCUGCGGGAAGCCAGUUCAUCACGCACACCAUUGGGAGGGUUUUGGCGCAGCUAAACCUCCAGUCCACACCGAUCAACACCAAGGGCUACGAGACCCUUCUGCAACUGACGGAGAACACGGUGAGCGACAGUUUUGAUCUAUACUACGGGCUCUUCAUGUACAAUGUGAACGCCACAGAGCAGAUGGACAAAUUGGACAGGGCGUUUGAGAAGGUGAAGCAGAUGCUGUACGGCAGGCUGCAUGGUGUGCUGCGGAAGCAGAUCGUAGAGAGGGUCCCCAUGCCCGGAGCCCCGUUGUUGGGAUCGAGAGAAGCCAAGGACAGCCCUGCUGCGAGCAGAGAAGAGAUGAAGCACCUAUCCCCUCGGGUUGCUGAUGUACCCUCCCCUUGUCAUACGUUUUCCCCGGUGGCUUUCAGCACCGUAAAAUGUUAAAUCUGUGUCUUUUCUCGCCGUUGUGAUCUAAAUGAAAAAACAUGAAAUUUGUUUUUCAGGGAAAUUUUGGAGUAAGAGAUAGAUAAACAAUUGAA